GUCGACAAUAAAGCCGUUUGCCUUGGUGCUGCGUGGUUUUCUGCGUGGAGUAACGGGGAAGACGGUUGGCGCCCUCGCUUUCCGCGGUGGGCGGGGAGCGCUCAGUAAACUGAUUUGAGAGGAUCUGAGGAAGGUGGUAGGCUCAUGGAGCCAGAGAGGCAAAGGAGCGGGAGGACCCUCAAGAAGGGCAGAAAGAGGAGCCGGAUUCCGAGCAAGCUGGUCGGGGCCGCUGAGGCGAUGAGAUCCCGUUGGGAUCUCGAGGAAAAGCAGCAACCUGUAGCCAAGAAAGCUCGAUUAUCUACCAUUUUAUUUGCUGAAAACUGUGAAAUAACCCAUGGCCAGCUAUGUGAAUUGCUGAAGUAUGCAGUUCUGGGCAAAUCCAGUUUUCCUAAACCCAGCUGGUGCCAGCUUUUUCACCAAAACCACCUGAACAAUGUGGUGGUUUUUAUACUGCAGGGAUUGAGUCAGCUACACUUUUACAAGUUCUAUUUGGAAUUUGGAUUUCUCCGAAAGGCAUUCAAACAUAAAUUCCGCUUGCCUCCCCCUUCAUCUGAUUUCCUAGCUGAUAUCAUCGGGCUGCAAAAGAAACAAAUAAUUGAGAAUCUGCCCAAAGCAAUGGAAGGGUCUUUACCUUCUGCCAGCUCAAAAGUUAGCAUCAACUUGCAGAAAGACCCCAUCAUUCAAAAGUAUGGCUCUAAGAAAGUGGGCUUGACUAGAUGCCUUCUCACAAAGGAGGAAAUGAAAACAUAUCACUUUCCAUUACAAGGUUUUCCUAACUGUGAAAACUUUGUACCUACCAAAUGUAAUGGUUCUGUAACAGACAACAGUCCUCUCUUUGGCCUUGACUGUGAAAUGUGCCUUACAUCCAAGGGAAGAGAACUAACACGUAUCUCACUGGUUGCUGAAGGAGGCAGCUGUGUUAUGGAUGAACUUGUUAAACCUGACAACAAGAUUGUGGACUACCUCACCAGUUUUUCGGGAAUCACAAAGAAGAUUCUUAACCCAGUGACAACCAAACUCAAAGAUGUACAGAGACAGCUGAAGAUGCUUCUUCCUCCUGAUGCUGUGUUAGUGGGCCACUCCUUAGAUUUAGAUCUCAGAGCACUGAAAAUGGUACAUCCAUAUGUUAUUGAUACAUCAUUGCUUUAUGUCAGAGAGCACGGCAGAAGAUUUAAGCUCAAGUUCUUAGCUAAAGCUAUUUUGGGGAAGGAUAUACAGUGUCCAGAUAGGCUUGGUCAUGAUGCCACAGAAGAUGCUAGAACAACCCUUGAAUUGGCUCGGUAUUUCCUCAAGUAUGGCCCAAAGAAGAUUGCAGAACUAAAUCUGGAGGCACUGUCUAGUCACCAGGAAAGCCAAGAGCCAAGAAAUACAGCAGAAUUAGUUCAGCAGCUAAACACAAGUGUUUUAGAAUGCCUGGACUCAGUGGGCCAGAAGCUCCUUUUCUUGACCCGGGAGGCAGAUGCCAGUGCACUUUCUUCUUCCCAAAACUGUCAAACUAUUAAGUGCCUUUCAAAUAAAGAGGUUCUUGAGCAGGCUAGAGUGGAAAUCCCCCUGUUUCCCUUCAGCAUCGUGCAGUUCUCUUUUGAACCCUUUUCACCCAACCUCACUGAAGAGAUGAAAAAAAGGAUAAAGAUCAAGUGGACAGAGAUGUCAACUGUCUAUGCUGGGCCAUUUAACAAAAAUUGUAACCUCAGGGCUCUGAAGAGGCUCUUUAAGAGUUUUGGUCCAGUCCGGUCAAUGACUUUUGUUCUUGAAACACAUCAGCCACAUCUCUGUAUACAAUAUGAAGUCCUGGAAGCUGCCCAGCUGGCCAUAGAGUCUUUGGAUGACAUCCUGGUAGAGGGUUCCUGCAUCAAGGUGCAGAGGCCUGUGACAGAACUCACCCUUGAUUGUGACACGCUUGUGAAGGAGCUGGAACAAGAUUCUGAGAACCGAGGUACUAUAUACCUGUCUGGAGUGAGUGAAACCUUCAAAGAACACCUGUUCCAACAGUCUAGCCUCUUCCUGGGCCUGGAAGCUGUGAUCUUGCCUAAAGAUCUUAAAAGUGGAAAGCAGAAAAGAUAUUGUUUCUUGAGAUUCAAAACAUUUAGCAGUGCCCAGCGAGCCCUCAGCAUUCUCACGGGCAAGGACUGGAAGCUGAAAGGCAGGCAUGCCCUAACCCCCAGGCACCUCCAUGCCUGGCUCAGGGGCUUACCUCGUGAAUCAAGGCUACCAGGGGUUCGUGUCAUACCUCCCCCUUUGGAGCAGGAGGCCUUGCAGAUGCUGAAGGUGGACCACCCAAAGAUAGCUGCCUGGCACUGGGGCCGGAAGAUAGGAAAGCUCUACCACAACCUGUGCUCAGGCACCCUCUGCCUGAUCUUGCUGCCAGGAACCAAGAGCACUCAUGGAUCGCUCUCUGGCCUGGGACUGAUGGGAAUAAAAGACGAAGAGGAAGGCACCACUCCAAACACGUGUUUGUGAGUCUGCCCACCACUUUCCAGGUGUCAAUUCUUAAUCCCUUGUGGGCAAUGGCAGAAAAUGUGGUCAGGCUGCCAGACCUCUCUAUAUAGCAGACAGUUUGUGGAAAUAUUGUAUUCACUUGAGUCUAGUCCAUUUAUAUGGCAUGUACAAAUUUUCAAUAAAUACCUAAAAUUCAAACCUCAUCUUAGAGCGAGGGAAGGAUA